AUGGUGGGCCAGCGCGUGGCCGUGUCGAUGGCCAGCAACUUCCUGCCGCUGCUGCUGCUGACGGUCGUGCCGGUGUGCGCCGUGCUCGCUGGCCACGUGCGGGCCCCGCACCUGAUGGUCUCAGACAUCAUUGCCUCCGGGCCGCUCUACAAGGCGUUCUACGCCUUCGGGUUCACAUACUGCGCCUACGGCUCCAACACCAUCUGGACCGAGGUCAUGCGCCACGUCAAGGCGCGAGCCCCGGCACUGCGGCGGGAGGCGGACCGCUUCCUCAUCGUCCUGCACUGGGUGGUCUUGCCGUGCCUGCUGCUGCUGUCGACCUUCUCCUACGACCACGAGGAGCCCGAGCACGGACUCGACGGCUCGGGCAGGCAGCCGCGAUCCUGGGCCGAGGGCAUCCCCAGGGACGCUGGCGCGCUCGCCAGCUGGCUUGUGCACGUACUUUCCACCAGCCUCUUCUUCUUCGGCGCUGCGGUCUGCGGAGGCAUCUACGUGAGGCAGAUCAUGCCGCACCUGAAGGACAAGGGGCUCGUGCAUCCCAGAGACUUGGCCUGGAGUAGGGUGGCGUGCGGCGGUCUCGUUUACGGCGUCUUUAUCACGGCCAUCGUCCGGGUUCUGCACAUGUUCCACGACCAGCACCUGUGGUGUUGGCCGCUCGCGGUCUUCGAGGUGGCUCUGAUUCUCCUGUGCAUCGUCGUGAAUACGAUGGGGACGCUCCAACUACUAAGCGAAUUGGAUAAGGACGAGCCAGCAAUAGACUUCAAGGAAGCCUUUCUUCUGUAG